AUGCGCUGUCAACCGCUGCACGGUGCAGUAGUCGUCCGUCUGCGCAAGAGUUAUGUGAAAAUUAUGGCGUUGCAUAAAGUGGUCGACGUUCUCAUUAUAGUUUCAUUAGUCUUAUAUGUGUUGUGCUCUGUUGUUAUGGGUGCCGGGAUACUCUCUGCUAAAGCUUUCUACUGCAGAGAUCCAGAUACAGGUAAAUUUUACCCAGUAAACACGACAUGGUCAUCAACUACAUUUUGUGGCAGCUACACUUGCAAAGUCAGAAAACUAAAUUACACAGCUCAGAGAACCCUUUUAAGGGAAAUCGAGAUAAUUGAUGCCACAUCUAAGCGACUUAAUAAUGAGUUAUCAAUAUCACAAUUAAAAGCUUCUAAUCAGACUAAUGACAAAGGUUUAUCAGGGAUUCAAAAUUAUAAUAAAACACAGACCGAUUUACACGAGAAGACACAAGCGAGAGAUAAUACAAGCCCCGACAGAACUAAUUAUCCUGCAUUACAGGAUUUAUCAAAAGAAAAUGCAAAAGAGAAAAUUACUUUUUUUAAAAAGAAAGUAGAUAAGUUGGAAGUUUUAUUAGAUGAUAAAAUUAAAAAUAUAGUCAACGAAUCAGUACCCAGAAUAUAUAAAGAUAAUCAAAAAUACUUAGAUAAAACAACGCAUGAUAAAAAGUUUAAAGUACUUUACAACGGCCGUACAGAAGUUGCUCAGAAGGAAAACAAAAAAGAAAUGAUGGUACGUAAAAACAUAGAAGAAUUAAAUAUAAUAAACCAAACUGAACCACAAAAAGUUUCAACAUCAAAAGAUGAUGACAGAUAUUUAACAGCGGAUGAAAUAAAUGCAUUAACAUCAAUAUUACAAAAUGUGAAAAAAAGCGAUGUAGAAGCUAUAAUAGAAGUUUAUAAUUUAGCGCAGGAUAUUUAUAAAGAAAUUGAUAAAAACACAGAUCAAGGUGUAGUCAAUGAUUUACAAAAUAUACAAAGUAACAGAAAAGAUUCCAAAUUUGAAAAGCCUGUAAAAAGUGAACCUAAUCACCAUAUUUCGUAUUGGUACGAACCGCUAAGCCAUUCUAAUAACAAACAAAAAGUUGUUCAAAUAGAUACAUCGAAACUAGUGCCAGUACUUCCACCAAACCCCAAAAAAGAAACCCAUACAGUCCCUGUGCCUCCAAUUAUAAUGAAAACGCUGAAAGAAGAAGGCACAGCAAACAAAGGUACUACAAGAACAUCAGAUGCAAUUGUUCCAAAUUACACCUAUUUCAUUGGUCCCUUAUCGAACAACAAUUUUAGAAAACUGCCUUACUACCCGAUCGCAGGUAUUCAAAAACAGUUUAAUUAUGGUACAGCUCAAGAGAACUUUCAACAAUUACCAGGACCACCAGAGAAAAUCAGUUCAAUUAAAAUUCCAUCCAAUACCGGAAGUCUAACUGGUCACAUUGCUGAAUUUCCAGUUACUAAAAAGAGUUUCAUAAAAUUACCAUGCAAACUGGAACACUUUAAACACACUACUGGAGAAGAUAUUUUGACAAAGAAAACCACAAUGAAUAAGAACAAAAUAUCUUUCAUGGACAAUCCGAAAGCUCUCCUUGCACCCUUUAUGCAUUUGAACAAGAAGUCGCCUACAGUGUUACCAUAUCCAUUUGCUUACAUAAAUUACAAUUUGAGUUCAAUACCAAAUACAUAUUUUACUGCGAAUCCUUUUCAUUUAUUCAAUAUUAGACCACAGACGCCGCUUAGUAAAAAAACUCAAAUGCCACCAGACCCGAAAUUUGUAGCCGGCUUACCUAAGGCAAUUCUCACAAAUCCAAACUUGAAUAGGGAUGUUCAUGUUAUGGAACAGAACCCUGUAGAGGUAAUAUUAAGGCAAGAAACUAAAAUGCCUUCUUGGCCUCUAUCACAAAGCAUACUGAAUGAAGACAAAGCCAUUGUUUUUCCUCAAUCGAAAUUGCUUCCUAUACCUAUAAGAAAAAAUAUGAAAGUAGAACGAGUAAGUAAAGUUAUUAAGAUGGAUGAAUUAAAAAGAUCAAUAAGAGACACUACGAAAAAAGACCUUGAGCUGAAGAAAGAAGUGCCAGAAGAAUUCGAAGUGUAUUUAGAAAAGUCGACAUGUACAAUCGAAACGGAACCUGGCUUUUUCAAAGUGGGCAACGAGACUGAGCCCUACCCAGCCUGCUGUCCACAGCGGAUACGAUGAGAAGAAAUCGUCUAGCACCAAACUUGCUUUUCCAGUUGCAAUAACGUAGUUUGUACGAAAAUAUAGAUAGAAAUUAUUUUUUUCGUCUACUCUGAUUAGUUGGUCAAACUAUUUUGUGAGAGUUCCAAGCCAUUUUUAUUUUUAUGAAAAUUCUCUCGGUAUUUGAUUAAAAUUUAUAAAACUAGUAACAAACAGUUUGUAUUUAACCUCGUUUAUACUUCAUCUAUAUUUAAUUUCGCAAAUCAUAAGUCAAAAAGCACGGCAGUGUUC